AUGUUUUCGGACGCACCAUUGGCAAAGUUAUUAGAUGGAGGCUUUAAAUUAAAGCUUGCGAAUAACGUUGUAUCAGCAAGUUGCAAUUUCGCAGAUGCUGGAACAAGAUUCACUUGCUACUUUAACCAUCCGUAUUUUAUCAAGUAUUUCGCAGUGGCUGGCUCUGGUUCUUAUCAUUCUGUUUAUGGUCCAUCAACAAUUACAGCUUACAAGCAAGCAAAGUCCUACAAGCCUGAUUACAGCUUACAAGCAAGCAAAGUCCAACAAGCCUGCGUACAGUUGCGACGUAUCUCUGUAGAAAUAGAAUUGGAAGAGUCAGUAAAACUGGAUUUGGUCAUUAGUGUGUUUAUGUUGAGACAUUGGGGCAAAGAACAAUAUCAAGGCAUCAAGUUGAAUUUCGAUGAGGGCGAUAGGGAUCAGUUGUAUGACAAGAUUGAGGGUUUGCAACGCAAGCUGAAGAUGGAACAUUUGUUAAGCCAAGAUACGCCACCUAUUGUUACUAAAGUUGAUUAUGUUUUACAAACUGCCACAUCUAGCCGAAGACCUGGGGUUGUUCAAUCUGCAUAUGACUAUGAUAUUCAUAAGGAUUUUCAAGAAGAUUUAUGUGAAAAAGUACAUACUAGCUGGUUGAGGGAGCCAAUUGUCUUUCCUAAACCUACCAUUGCAACCUAG